GAAAGGAAGAUAAAUCAGAAGGUCUAGAAAUCGUAUCAAUCGGAAAAAUCUAUUCUGGUCCCUGGGAUAAGAAGUAUUGGAGCUCAUCUCGGGUUAUAAAUCUGAAAAUAAGAUGUCAUGUUAUCAUUUUAGCCCGUGAUUUCAGUUGCUGUAAAACCUAUUAUUUUAAUUGAGACUGGCCGAAUGUUUGGAUCUGCUAACAGCUGGCUAUUGAAAUCUAGAGAAUAAAGUGGAAUUGUAAGCAUGGAUAGGUCUAUUAAGGGAUGUGCUAAUGAAACAUUAGCAUACUAUAGAGCAAGUUGAUGGUGAGGGUAAGGACCGGUGUCCUUAUCCCAUUGGAUACAAGACCUCACGAAUUCUGAAUGGGGUUACCUAUAAAAUGGAAAUUCUUGAAGGUCUUAAAGGUCCAUUGUUUACAAUCAUUUCUAGUGAUGGAAAAUCAUGCUCUGGACAAACUCCAGAUAUUGCAUUGGAGAGCUUUCAGAAGAAAAGUUGUUCUCGAAUCAAGUCGUUGCAUGGGAAGAGGUUCUCAUGCAAGAUAGAUGGCGUGGAGUUUUUUGGAUUCAAAAAUGCAUUUGUUCAGAGGUUACUGAGAGAAUUGGUAGCAAAUGAUGGUGGAACUGCAGGACAGAGUUCUUCAACAUCUAUCUCCCUUACUGAAGCUUCUGAUACAGUACAUGAAAUACAAUAUACAGAACCAAGAAAGCAUCCUGAUUUGCUGCCAAACUCAGAAAAGCCACAGGUUACAGGGAAGAGAAGUAGGAAGGGCAAAAAUAUUAAUGUUAAGCCUCUCACUGAGGCAAAUUUUGAACAACAUCAACCUCAAAAUUGUAUUCAAAAUGCUGAAGCUUCAAAUUCUAGACAAAGGGAUCAAAGAAAUCAUGAUGGUGACAAUCUUUUGACUAUUGCUGCUUCAAAUAAAGUCUGUGGCAUUAGUAAAAGUCCUGAAAUUACAACAGGACCUAACUCUGAAGUUGUGGUUGAGAAUGAAAAAUAUCUGUUUUCAGCAGAAAGAGAACUGCGGUCGCAUUCUAUGGAUAUUUCUGAUCACUUUAAAUUAGGAGAUCUCCUCCCCCAAGAAACAGAGCUUAUUAAUUCCGAAAACCAUUUGAGCAAAAUGGCUGAUAACAUGCCAAAAGGCAAAGAACUUCCAAAUUGGACAACAAUUACUGAGGUUCAAGAGUUCAAUAAGUCAAUAGACAAAGAUGAGUAUGGUGUAACACUAGUUCAGCAUUACAAGCCAAUAGUCAAUGCCGAUUUUUGUGCACCUGACACAUUGGAUAUUGCAGGAGACAGUUUUUCUUACUCUGAUCCGAACGAACGCGUGAAAGUCACUUGCAAUGCCAGAGAUGACACAAUUGCCACGGAUGUAGCCAUUUCUGAGGUUUUGGUAACUGAUUCACUUCCGGAAGAUGAAACAGGAACUUCAAAUGCAAGCUCUGAAAAGAGUGAUAUUGAUUCUGUUAGUCAAGAAAUAGCAAAGUCAAUGAUGACUGUUCUUCUCCCCCAAGCACUUCCUUUGCUGAAGACAUUCUCAAGAAAGGAAAAGAAGAGUAUGAUACCUUCAGAAAUGCCUCUCUAUACGCAGCAGGAAAAUAAUACAUCUGUUGGUUUUGGUAAUGCAUCAAUUGUCAAAGAGCAUAUCGAGAACUCAGAUUUGGAAAGAGAAAAGGAAGGGGGGAGUAUUACCUGUACAGUCAAUGAUUCAAUUGUCUCAACUUCUGGAAUCACAGAAUCUGUAGUUCCUGAUAGUUUUGAUAACGAUGAAAUUAGAUGUACUUCCACCAAUCAGCAUAAUUUGUUUCCGGACACUGCAAACGGUUGUGAAGCUUCAUUUCAGUUAAACAAUUAUGGGAAUCAGACUCUGAAUCUGCCAGGCUGUGUUAAUGCAGAGGAAGACUCACCAGUUCGGCCUAUUGUAGUGAGAGAUCACGAAAUAAAUAUGCAUUCUCAAUUGCAGAUGGCUGUAAAUGAGGAGCCUCAAGAAGACAUUAGUACAACUGGUGCUAACUUAAUGAGCAAAACAAAUAGUUGUAUUCGACCUCCAGCAGAGGAAAUCAAUGUCACUUCCAAGCAAGACUGGGUUGGCUGUAAGUCCACGAUCGAAGUACCUACCUCUGCUGCACCACAAAUGAGAUGUGCCCCUUUCACUGAACAUAUAUUACAUAGAGACUUCAAAAAUGUUUGUUCUACGGAGAAAUUGGAUGCUAGUUUUGCCAAAAAGUUUUACAGUGCAAAUUCUGCUAACUUUGAUAAUUCAUUUUCAUAUCAGCAAAUCCUGAUUACAAGUUGUUGCAAUGUCGUUACUGAAAACAAGGAAAUGAAAGAUGAUCCGAGGUCAAAUUUUCAGGGUGACUUGAAUUUAAAUGACAAGCCACAGGGUCUUCUCAAACGUGUAGCAUGCUAUGACCACCCUAUGCCAAUUUCAAUGGUGCUGUUGAAUGAAAAAGAGAAUGAAAUAUACAUAUGUGUUAUAUGUGGCUUGCUGGAGCAUACGGAGAGUACCCUCUUUGUUUACAAGACACUAAAGAAUGCAGAAAAAAUGGGGUUCCCUUCAUUUGUUGGUCACUCAUCAAUAGAAUUGCCCUCUUACAAAGAUGCCUUUGGUAGAGACAUUGGUAUAGACAGUUCUAGAUUACAGUUCUCUCCAGAUGCACAAUCUCUUGUUUUAUUAAACAGUAUAAAAACUCCUUGCUGCAGGGAGGGUAAAUUGCAAUGUUCUUGUCCACGCUGUACUUCUGAAUUCUCCGAGAAGAAUGCAGUAAAAAUUGUGCAAGUACAAACUGGUUAUGUUACAAUUGAGACUAUACUGAGGACAACACAAGGUGUAUGUUGUUUAUUAGUUUGUGAACCUAGUUUUCUUCUUGCUGCUGAAGAGGGUGGAAAGCUGAACCUGUGGGUCAUGAACGCUAGAUGGAGUGCCCAGAAAGAGGAACGCAACUUACCGACACUUGACUGUAUGCUUCCUUGUCUUGCGGAAUUGAAGAGAAUUCCAAAGUCAACUAUUUUGGUUGUUGGUCACAAUGGUUUUGGGGAUUUUGGUUUGUGGGAUAUUGAUAAACGAAUCCUGGUUUCAAAGUUUUCUGCCCCCGGCACUUCUGUUUUUCACUGUGUUCCAGUUGGCAUGUUUAGAUGGCAAAGUAAAGGAAAGCAUAACAGUAAGGAUCUCACUGACGAAAUCAUGAAUGCAACAAAAAUGUGGUUUUCAGGAAUGGGUGAAAACCAAAUUCUUCCAGUGCAGAAUAAAGAUAUGGCUGUCUGGCUUCUAAUCUCUACUCCCUCAGAUACAGAUUCUCAAUGUUGUCAAUCAAGUAGCGGGGGAGAAGCAAACCUAGCUAGAUGUUGGAGGCUGGCUUUAUUGGCGAAGAACAUGGUGAUCAUGGGAAGAACUUUGGACUCGGGGGUUGCUGCAGUUGCAACUGUUCAUGGAAUUUUUGGUAGAUGUGAUGGACUGGUAUACACAUGGGAUUUAUCUACAGGAAACAUGCUUGAAAACUUGCAUCACUUCAAAGGUACCGGAGUGUCUUGUGUUUGCACAGGCAAUACAGAUUCUGGUGCUUUAGCUAUAGCUAGUGGAUGUCAAUUGCUGGUUUAUGUGCAAUCUUGAAGUGAUUCUUCAAAAAUUCCACUAAGACAGGUUUCUAUGUAGAAAACUGUAAAAGCCUUUUAAGGCCUUUAAGACUGUAUCUGAUAAUCGAUUUGAUGUUGGGUGUCUCAUUGGUUAAGACUGUUGAGAAAUUUUUUGUAGGCUACUUCUGCUGAUGGAAAGUUGCCUUUAGGGCAGUCUCCA